AUGCCGCAAAUAAAACGAAAAAACACGUCCGCCUUAUGGCAGCCCAAAAAAAUGGCAAAAACCGACCUACCCUCGUCUGAAGAAGAUUCUGAUUCAUCUAGGGAUUACAUUGAAGAAUCAGAUACAUCGGAGCAAUCUAUUAGUCAAGACGAGAAAGACCGGUCGGAAGAGGACGAGUAUAUGUCCGUUGAUGAAGAGGAGGAAGAGAAUGGUGAUCAUAAACCCGAAGGAGCAAGAUCUGUAAUCAUAAAAAAGAAGAAAAAUCCUUUGUACAAAGCACCAACAAACGAGGAGAUACAAGGGUUGAAGGAGACCACUGACUUGUUUAAAUCAAAUAUAUUUAGAUUACAGCUUGAUGAACUUCUCUCUGAAAUCCGACUCGAUUAUACAAAACACAAACACCUCGAAUCAGCUCUUCAUUCCCUUAAAUCGGCGCUUGAUUCACUCCCGCCUAUCCCGCCUCAAUCAUUAAGUGAAAUAAAAACACGUCUCUUGAAACAAAACAUUAAGAUUCCCUUUCCGAUUCCUGCACCAGAGGAGAAAGAUGUGAAAUAUAUGUUUGGGUUUGAGAAGCCGACAGCGGUCCAUUUGAUCGGGAGUUAUCCCUUGAGGACAGUAAUUAGAAAGAGGGAAGGAUUCAGUGUUGACGUCGGAGUAGUUAUGCCGAGAGAAAAAGAUUAUAUGAAUUACAGAUAUUUCUACAAGCGCGCAUACUAUCUUGCCGUCCUUGCUAAUUUAUUGGGAGGAAAAAAUGCAAAGACAAAGUUUAGUGUCAGAUUUAAAUGCGUGAAUGGAGAUCUUCGGCAGACCAUUUUGGUAUUGGAUCCGUCGGGGGAUUUUUCAACACUGAACUGUGACAUCAGAAUUUUUCCUUGCAUUCCCCCCGAUCUCUUCCCGAUAAAGCGGCUGUCUCCGUCUCGCAACAACGUCCGCUUGCAUUCCACGUCAACUCCUCUUCAAUCUCUGACCAAUGGCGACUCCUCAACUACCACUAAAUCUGAACUCUCAAAUUUGUCUUCUCUUCCUGCAACGUCCCAGUAUAAUACGCUAAUCCUUCGAGACGCCCAUAUAAUAUCCAACUUUACUUUUCUCCACGAACACAACAAAUUAUGUCCCGCAUUUAAAGACGCCUGCGUAAUAGGAAAGUUGUGGUUAUAUCAACGUGGAUUUGAACAGUUUAACGGGUUUAUAUGGAGUAUGUUGCUGGGAUAUUUAUUGGAAUCUGGUGGAAUAAACGGAGGGAAAAAGUUGUCGAAAGGGUUUAGUUCAUAUCAGCUGGUCAGGGGUGUAAUGGACUUCCUAGCAAACCACGAUUUUAAAAAGAAGCCUUUGUUUAUAAAAAAAAAUGAGGCUGUUGGGGAGUUUUCUCAAGAGGUUUUUACCGAAAACUUUGAUGUAGUCUUUGUAGACGCCUCUGGACGGUUGAAUUUGUUUGGGCUAAUUCCAAAGCAUGCGCUCGAUCAGGUUCAACAUGAAGCGAGACUUGGAAUGAGCUAUUUCAAUGAAGUAAACGAGGAUCGAUUUGAAGCUCUAUUCUUGCGGAGAGUAGACGACCUUAAAUUCAGAUAUGACAACAUUGCCAAAAUCACUCACAUUCCCUCCACAUAUCCACUCUACAACGACUCGUCCAAAUUAGAGUAUCCGGACAACUUUCUUCAUUUUGCACGGAUACUUCCCGUGCUCUUAUCAAAGGCUUUAACAGAUCGUGUCACUCUAAUAACCACUACUCACAACAACUUACCACCAUGGCCGGUGUCUUCUUCUCCACCAUCACUCGCAACAGAUGCAUCUCUAUAUCUGUGUAUUUUACUCAACCAUGAACAGUCCACUCGUUUGGUUGAUAAAGGACCGCCAUCAAAUGAUGAGGUGGCAGCAGAGAAUUUUCAAAAGUUAUGGGGACGUAAAGCCGAAACGCGCCGAUUUAAAGAUGGAAGCAUAGUGGAGAGUGUUGUAUGGGAAGCGAAGAGCAUGGAAGAGAAAGCACUGAUCGUUAGACAGAUGGUGUUGCAUUUAUUGAACUUGCAUUUUCGCAUUGGCGAAUACAAUGGAGUAUAUUACUGGGCGGGAAAUUUGGAUGAAUUCAUACGGCCAUCUCCAAUAGUUCCCAAACGCAUCUACAAUCCAACAACAAACGACCAAGGCUUCCAAACCGUGAUGCAUGAAUAUCAAGAAUUUUCCAAGCUAGUGACCUCCAUCGAUAAUAUACCCCUCCAAAUUGAAUCUAUAUCUUCUGCUCAUUCUGCUCUAAGAUAUUCUUCGGUAUUCAUCCCUCGUCCUUAUAUAUUCUCAUCUCAUGCCGCCUUUUCAUACAUCGAACCAAUUGAAGUAAGACUACACCUUGAGGGCUCGGCAAAGUGGCCAGAUGAUUUGGUUGCUAUUCAGAAGAUGAAGGUAGCAUUUUAUAUUCGAAUAGCUGAGAAGUUGUGUGAGAAUGGGUUGAACACCGUGGUUGUGACCAAUGGGAAGGAUAGCAUUGAAGCAAAUGACUUUAUGGAUGUAAUAAGUCAGAGCGGAUAUGGAUUUAGAUGUAGGAUUUAUUUGGAGAGAGAUAAGACUUUGCUUGAACGAGGUAUUAAGGAUAAGAGAUCCACUCAGACAAAGAAGGACGAAUAUACAAAAGCCCUAAAAAAGUACCGACGACUAUUCGUCGGCAUACCCAUGCAUACAUCACAUAUUCACACACUUUGUAAUAAAUACACAUCCCUCUCUCUCACCAUUCGCAUAACCAAACGCUGGUUCAGUGCUCAUUUACUCUCCCCCCACAUUGAGGAGGAACUGAUAGAACUACUAUGUGCCUACAUCUACUUAAAUCCAUCUCCGUUCGCCAUUCCUGCAAGCGGAAUCACAGGUUUCCUUCGCGUAUUGUAUUUGUUAUCUCACUUUGACUGGAAGAACGAACCGUUAAUUGUGGACAUUCCUGGCGAUAUGACAUCAACAAGGAUGAGUGAGAUUAGAGCCGAGUUCAAAAGAAUGCGCAAGUCGGAUGAACAGAUAAGACAUGCUGCAAUGUAUGUGGUGUCCGGUAAUAAUAAAGAAGACCACUCGUGGGGAUGGGAUACACCAGAGAGAGUGGUGGUUGCGAGAAUUCAGGCUUUAGCUUCUUGUGCGUUGAAUCAUAUCGACACUGCAGAGAACGAGUGGAAGCGUCUCUUCGUUACUCCACUAAAUGUAUACGACGCCAUAAUACAUGUCGACCCGUCAAAAUGCACAAGAUACUAUGAAAACCUCAACCCAAGUCCAAAGUAUUUUGCCAAUGAUCAUUUAGCGCAGCGUUCCUUACCGGUCAUUGUCGGACUUGAUCCAGUUGAUGUUUAUAUAAACGAUUUACUGAAACUCUAUUCAAAUACAGCGUUGUUCUUCUAUGAUCGGUAUGGAGGUACAAUGAUUGGCGUCUUGUGGAAACCGACUGAAUUGAGUCCUCGACGGUGGAGAGCGACUCUUGAAUUUUCUACGAUGCCGGAAGAGUACACAAGCAAUGAGAUCGCUUCAAAGAAUGUUGUUCUUAAUCAGCAUGCGAUACUCGCCGAGAUGGAGCGACUGGGUAGUGGCUUGGUGACUCAUGUCGAAAUUACAAAAUGA